GGGCUCAGCACUCGCGACCUCGCCUCAUUAAUGGGAACAUGUCGCGACGCGUACCGGUUAACAAUACACCGCUUCGCGCAGCGAUAUACAGAAAUCUACAUAGAUUUUUCGCAGGCGUAUUUCGAUCACAUUCAUGCUAUUGCCUCGAAUAAGGUGAUGAGGGAGUAUGUGCAGCGAUUGGUGAUUAUGACUCACGAGCCGUAUUUGGGGAGCGGUGUGAAUUGGGAGUGGAGCAUGGCCGGGCAUGUGAAGAAAGCGAUGGAUAUGGCUGUUAUUAAACGGUUCAGAGAUGAUUUGGUGUUGAGGUUGGUGAAUUGUCGGUCGUUUAUUAUUUCGCCGGUUGGACAUGCACAUACAGAAGAAGAGCAAGAUAGACAGUUCAAUCCUGAUGAUGCGGCUUGUAUCCUGCUGGAUAUCAUCGCAGAUGCUUCCUUACCUAUCAAGAUUUUCUGGUACGGCAAAGGAAUGAAUUACACAUCCGACAUUAUGAACAUCUCCCGAUUACCCAAAGCCCUUUCCAGCAAUCCCGGAUUCAGAGCCGGAUGGAGCGCUCUCGAGAAUCUGCAUCUGGAACACGAACCCACGCCAUCAAAUUAUUCAUUCCUUAUGGAUAUGAUUCUGCACGCUCCGAACGCACGCAAGCUGUAUCUCAGUCUUGGACCGAAGGAUUUGGCUGUCGAAUUCUUCUCCCAACUUAGCAGAUCAAGCAAUCUGCCGAGUAACCUGGAACGAGUGACGUUAUCAUUCACAGCCAUCAAAGCAGAUGAUCUCAUAACCAUCUUGUAUCAAUCCCGACAUAGUCUCCGACGACUGAUUUUAAACGGCGUCACCAGUUUAUCAGUUGGGUGGCUUACAUUCCUUAGCAAAACGCAAAGCCUGUUUCCGGCACUUGAAACAACCGCGCUGAACAUGUUCUAGUGUGAAGGCUACAUUAUCCUUUUUACUGCUAUCAAGGGUUAUCCAUCUGAACCAAAACAGAUGUUUAAGCUACAAGCUUGCAAUUAUCCUGCCUUAGAGGGGAGUGGGAUUGGGAAGGCGGAUAUUAUUGCGAUUACUUAUACAGGGCUUGAAAUGGGGACGGCGUUGGAUGUGUUAUUGAAGGCGUAUGAGGAAUCGGGUGGGAUGGAAUCGAUACUGAUAUACCCUGUUGAGUGUUCUGUAAUGGGUGAAUGAAGCAAAUGAAAUGUUUUAUAACAACAAGGCCAGUAGACAAACUGAACGUUGCGAGACAGUAAAAAUGUUGGGUUG